AUGAGUGCAAAGUCCGCCAAACAUCGAUGGCGCCUUCUUCAAAGCUACGUUCUGAAACGUGGUGAUGUAUCAAAUACGGAUCUUAACUGCUUCUCCUCUGCCAAUAUUUUUGGUCUCUUUGAAGUCUCUCGUAUUGAGGAAUCGUCAGCGGCUGUUACUUGGCGGCUUUCCCCCCGAUUUCUCCCAGCAUCGCAAUCAUCACAUUCUCUGCUUCUUGGCGUUCCGAGAUCCUUCUCGCGGCUGUGCAAUUUGGUGGAUCUAGUAGGUUUCGAUCGUACAGGCGUCGCAGUUUUAUUAUGGCCAUGUGAACUCCUCCUUGCCUACAUAUUUUUAAACCCUCUUAACGUGCUUCAUCACCUUGAAUUUCCAUCCACAUGCCAGCGUGUUGUGGAAUUAGCUGCUGGAAGUUUGGGAGUUGGUGGUAUUGCGAUGGCUGCAACUUGUUCUACGUUGAAAUAUCUUGCUCUGACUGAUGGUAAUGAAGAGUGUGUUCAAAACCUGGAAGAUGUCUUGAAAGCUAGCCCUCGCAACUGUACUUCGAAGGUGGAGGCUGCAUUCCUUCGGUGGUCAGAAAGCAUAGACAGGGAGCCCCACAUUCCAGAAAGCUAUGGAGAUUGGCACCACUCUUUUGACAUGGUGAUUGCAGCUGAUUGUUUCUUCGCUACUCAAGUCUUCUCUUCCCACGGAGGACUUCUCAACUGCAUUGAUUAUCUCCUCUCCACCUGUUCGGGUUCUGCGUUUCUCGCUCUGGCGCCUCGACGUGGCACCACCUUGGAAAGCUUUGUGGAUCUAGCCUCUUCUCUUGAGAUAUGUGAAAGAUUCCACUGGAAAGUGUGUAUCUUACAACCUAAUGUGGUCUUUCCUGGUCUCGUUGGCGACUCUGAAAAGGAGAUUCCCCACUUGGUCUAUAUUCAACGACAGUAA